GAGCAACAAACAAACUUUUAUUAGUCACAGAAGGCCACUUUGAAAUCUGAUCUUCACAAGUGGGCUUUUUUUUUUGUACAGUUGGAUUUCAUUAAAGCACACCCCUUAUGACAAGGAGUUGAGCACUGUAGGCUCGGAGAACACAAUCCCUGCCAAUUCUUCCUUCAUCCUCCACUAAAGAAAAAAUUGGAUUUAAGCUUGCGAUGAUGUCCUCCAGGAUUUUCAUUUCUCAGUGGUUGAUAUGGUGUUUGGCUCUUUUCAUCACCAUUACUAUCAUUAAUGGUCAACGGUUGAAGCAAGCAAAAUCACCUAUGUUGCGCAACAAACCAUUUAUUGCUAUCUGGAAUGCACCCACGCAGCAAUGUAAACAGAGAUAUAAAAUUGACCUGGAUCUCAGCAUCUUUGACAUAGUUGCAAAUCCAAAUGAAACCUUGAGUGGUCAGAAUGUCACAAUAUUUUAUCAUACCCAUCUGGGGUACUACCCAUAUGUCACUGAUGAUGGAAUAUCUGUUCAUGGUGGGGUGCCGCAAAAUCAAAGUCUGGCGCAACAUCUCAGUAAAGCUAAAGAAGAUAUUGUCAAAUUUGUACCAAAUAAAGAUUUCCAAGGCUUGGCAGUCAUAGAUUGGGAAAACUGGAGGCCCCUGUGGGAUAGAAACUGGGACAAGAAAAACAUCUACAGAACUAAGUCAAUUGAGCUGGUAAAGAUGCAACAUCCAGACUGGCCUACCAAUUUAUUACAGAAACAAGCCAAAGAAGAAUUUACUGUUGCUGCGAAGAAUAUUAUGAGCGAGACGGUUCUUCUGGCUCAGGAAAUUAGAUCUAAUGGCCUUUGGGGUUAUUAUCUGUUUCCAGAUUGCUACAAUCAUGAUUAUAAGCAGCAUCCUGAUACCUAUACAGGACAAUGUCCAGAUGUUGACGUAAAGCGCAAUGAUAACCUGUGGUGGAUGUGGAAAUACAGCACUGCUCUUUUCCCUUCCAUAUAUCUAGAUAGUGUUCUAAAAUCAACAAAAAAUGCACAAAAAUUUGUUCAUCAUCGUUUAAGAGAAUCAACACGUGUUGCUGCAAUGUCAGGUAGACGCUAUGUAUUGCCAGUUUAUGCAUAUGCAAGACCUUUUUACUCAUAUACUCUUAAUCCAUUGUCAGAGAUCGACUUAAUUAACACAAUUGGAGAAAGUGCAGCAUUAGGAGUAGCUGGAAUAGUGCUGUGGGGAGGCAGUGAUUAUUCAAGUACACCGGAAAGCUGCAACAAAGUGAAGAACUUCAUUGAUGGAGAUUUUGGACACUACAUCGUCAAUGUAACUUCUGCUGCUAAACUUUGUAGCAUGGUUGUAUGUGGAAACAAUGGGAGGUGUGUAAGAAAGAAACAGAAUUCAGCAACAUAUUUACAUUUGAAUCCAAACAAUUUUAAAAUAAAAUCCCAUUUUAAUGGUAAAGGGCAUUAUGUAACUGGUCACCAUGGAAAAGAAGAUGUCUUGUACAUGAAGCGUAAAUUUGAGUGUCAGUGCUAUGAAGGUUGGACUGGGAUGUUCUGUGAAAUACCAGACUCGGAUGAUUUAAAAACAAGGGCAGUCAAUUUCAAUAAUGGUUCAGCUAUAUUGUCAACAUCUUUUUACCUUGUGCUUUUUCUUCUUUUUAAUAUCGGUGUUUUAAUACCAAUUUAUGCAUAAUUUACAAUUGGAAUGCUCCAAGAGAACACAACAAAAAUCUACAUAAGAUCUGAACAGAUCCAAGGAUAACCAUGUCUUGCAUGUUAACUGUGCGUCGCAAAUGCACUGAACAUCAUUUAGCAAGUGAAUCCCAACAUACAUGAGAAUAUAAGGAUCAACCAGAACUACUGAGCCAAGCUAACGUUAAACAGUUUGCUUACUGCUUACAUGAAUAUGACAAGACACAUAUUACUACAAAGUGAUGUUCAUAUGUAGUUCCUACAAGGCUUGUGCUCUCCAGCAGUAUUUUUAUCUCUAUAUCCACCUCCCUUGGAGUAUUCUUUUUAGGUAUUCCCACACAUCUUAAAUAGGAACCGCAGUCUGUUCAUAUAAUUUGUAAUAACAACAUCUUCUGAAGCUUCCCUCCAACCACUUUGCAUAUUAUUUUAUACAUACCUGUGAUCCUUAUUUGCCAAAUAUGCUGCAC